AUGACAGGUCCAGUGCAGGAUUCACACAGGCUGUCUGUGAAAACAUGGACAGAGGAGGAGAGCGACCGAGCUGACAGCACACUCAGCAGAGGACAGUCGAUGUGUGAUGACACUUCUUCAGAGCUACAGAGAAUGGCGGCCAUUGACAGGAGGGAUAUUAAUUCCCAGAAUUCUUUUCGUGGGCGAGGUGCUCUCUCUAGGAUAGUUAGUAUGGUGAUGACUCUAAGAGAAUGGGCUCAGAAGAGUUUAGCUGAAGAGACAGAGCGACCAGAUUCCUUCUUGGAACGUUUCAGAGGCCCGGCCCACAUGGACAUACAGGCCCCACCCAGCAGGUUUAGCCACAGCCACACUGGCUCUGAUGCAGAUAAUGAAAUCAGACGAACCAGACGCACGAGAAGGAAGUGGAAUAUAGUGGUCUUAUCCCCAUCCGAUGAUGCAUACUACCACUGGCUGAUGGUGAUUGGUGCUGCAGUUUUUUAUAACUGGACCUUACUUGUUGUCAGGGCCUGUUUUGAUGAGCUCCAGAUGAGGAAUGUGUUAGUGUGGCUGGUGCUGGACUAUGUCUGUGAUGGAGUCUAUAUCCUGGAUAUUGCUGUCCGCCUCCAUACAGGUUUCUUGGAUCAGGGCUUGAUGGUGAAAGAUGUUCGACGCCUGAGAGAAACCUAUAUUCGAACGUUACAGUCUAAACUUGACAUCUGCUCCAUCCUUCCAACUGACCUCCUGUACUUGACUGUUGGAAUCAGCUACACUCCUCUUCUUCGAUUCAACCGUCUCCUGCGUCUGCCACGUCUGUUUGAGUUCUUUGAACGUACAGAAACCCGAACGGGCUGCCCCAAUGCUUUCCGUAUCUGUAAGCUGGUUCUGUACAUCCUGGUGAUUAUCCACUGGAACGCCUGUGGAUACUACAGCUUCUCCAAGGUCCUAGGCCUGGGUUCUGAUUCUUGGGUUUAUCCCAAUGCCUCUGACCCUGAGUUUGGCUCCCUGACCAGGAGUUACAUAUAUUGUCUGUACUGGUCAACCCUGACACUAACCACUAUUGGAGAGACACCACCUCCUGUUAGAGAUGAGGAAUAUCUGUUCUUAAUAUUUGACUUUCUGGUUGGUGUCCUGAUAUUUGCCUCCAUUGUGGGAAAUGUUGGAUCCAUGAUCUCCAAUAUGAACGCCACAAGGGCAGCCUUUCAAAGCCGUGUAGAUGCACUGAAACACUACAUGCACUUCAGACAUGUCAGCAAGGUGCUGGAGCAGCGUGUAAUUCGCUGGUUUGACUACCUCUGGUCCAAUAAGAAGACAAUAGAUGAACAGGAAGUGCUGAGGAGCCUGCCCAAUAAACUGAGAGCAGAGAUUGCUAUUAAUGUUCACCUGGACACACUGAAAAAGGUGCGUAUUUUCCAGGACUGUGAGGCAGGCCUCCUGGUAGAGUUGGUGUUAAAACUUCGACCACAGGUUUUCAGUCCUGGAGACUACAUCUGUAGAAAGGGAGACGUGGGUAAGGAGAUGUACAUAAUUAAAGAUGGCCGCCUAGCAGUGGUGGGGGAGGACGGUGUCACCCAGUUAGCUGUUCUAACUGCAGGGAGCUGCUUCGGUGAAAUCAGCAUCCUGAACAUCAGCGGCAGCAAGAUGGGGAACAGACGCACAGCUAAUAUUCGGAGUCUGGGAUACUCAGACCUGUUCUGUCUCUCCAAACAAGACCUCAUGGAGGCACUACAAGAGUUCCCUCAUGCCAGGGCUCAGCUGGAGCAGAGGGGGCGGGACAUCCUGCAGAAGGAGGGGCUUCUGGAGGAAGUGAAUGUGUCUGCAGGAGAAGAGCUGGAGGAGAAAGUUGAGAGGCUGGAAAGCAGUCUGGACCGGCUACAGACAUGUUUGGCCCGUCUGCAGAGCGAGUUCAACUCCUCCCAGCUGCGACUGAAGCAGCGAAUCACCGCCCUCGAACACAACAUCACCACAGUGGCCACAGGCAGCGGCUUCCUGUCAGAUGCUGACGGUAAUGAGAGUGUCUCUGGUGGUGAUGGGGUGCGCAGUGAAAUCAACAUUCGGCUCUGAUGGACAUAAUCAUCUGUGAAAGCUGGAAAUAACACACAUCAUCUUUAUGGUUACAAAGUACUUGAUGUGUUACUUUUAUUCUUUCUUACAAAUUUAAAUACAAAAGAAAACAACAUAAACCCCUCAUUGUGUUUGAUGUUGACUGACCAGUAUUUGACAGAAAUGCAUUGUAUUUUAUUUUGACGCUGCUUUGUUGUUUUUUUUUCCUCUGCCUCUCACAAUCAUAUAGGAACCUGUUGCUGUACUUUGAAUUUACUAGAACUGUGAUAAACUUUGUAUUUACACCACAUUUCAUCAACAAACAAUUAAAAAUGUAUUUAUUUAUUUAUUGACUUAACAGGUAUCCUGAAUUAUGUCUUAAUCCACUAGGGGGCAUAACAUCUCUAUGAAUGCUGGUUAUUAUCUACCUGCUAUCAGAACUGAUGAAGACUUUCAGAAGCCUCUCAACUCAAGACCUGUGGAUUGUUUUACUUAUCUGUGAGGUCAUCUUACACUCUCUGAUCCAUAUGUCUCUCAUAACUGCUUCAAAUUAUCAAAGUAUCACACAGAAAAUUACGUUUUUUUUCUUAAAUGAAGAGUUUGGUGUUUUGGAAAUGUCAAAAUUUGAAACAUUUCUUGUAAGCAUAUUUUCUGUCACAGGUGUCAGUCGUGUUGUCACAACUCAUCUACUAUUUGAAAAGAAUAAUGUAGAGGAUGUUUUUAAUUUGUGUUGGCAAGAAUACAGACCACUGAUGAUUAUACAUCUUCAGAAGUGAACAUCAUUUUUUUUAAAACUUUUCUUUGAAAAACUCUCCUCACUGUGAAGAAAAUGUAUCUGUUUUCACUGAAAGGAAUCUUUAUAUGAACAGAUUUAUUAUUAAGAUACUAUUAAAUACUGUGUUAACCUC